AUGACCAACCAGCCUGGAUCUUCUGCCCGGCCCGAGAAGGAGCCCUACUAUGGCCCUAAAUCGUUCUUACAUGCCGAUAAAGUCGAGAUGCGUCGCAUAAAUUGGGAGUUCUGGCCCAAAGCCAGCAAGACAGAUGCGGAGGCAGAAAAGGCCGUCGAGAAGGACGGACUUCGUCCGGAACGAUCCGUCGCCGAGGUUGAGAGACGGUGCUCGCCGGGCUGCUCGUUUGAGCAGCUGAUGGAAGGCAAGCACAUGCUGGACACGAUCUGGGCUGAUCCACGGUUCUCAAUGUCCCUGCCACUUUUCCGGGAUUCAGGUGUCGAUCGAUCGAGACUGUUGGAGAUAUACCUGGGUGCUAGGGCUGAUCGAGGGCUCCUGCGCUGGGAUGGCAAGGAGGGAGGAUCACUCUCGGCAUGGAUGAGCAGCCGCUUCGCCGAGAACUACACGCGCGACGCAGCCACGCUCAAGACGAUACCCGGCCGCCCUUGGAUUGUGCGAAUGCGGCUUUCCAACACCAGCAAGCUGCGUUUGUAUCAGGACCUGGCCCGCUUCAAGGUGCCAAGAUAUCAGGUCGCCGAGGACGCUGUGGAGAAAAGCCCGCAGUAUGUAAAGCGGGGCUACUACUACAGCUGUGUCGCUGUCGUCAAGCUUCGUGACCGAGACACGGCGGCCGACACCUUGCGGCUGUACUCGAAAAAAUGCACUCGCUUGAUCUUUGAUUUUACCUUCCCUUGGUCCGAAGAGUGGCUCGUCGAAGACGGUGGCGAGUACAUGCUUUACUUUUUCCGGUCCAGCGCCUAAGAUACGGAGGCAUGUUUGCGAUAUGGGGUCAAGUCGACGCCGGAUGCAAGCUUGGGGGGCCUUGGGAGUGUGCACCACAUGGGCUGGCAAAACUGGCAUGGCAAAGGGGGGCAGCCGGGCGAGAUGGAGUGGUGAUGGAGG